AUGCGUCACCAAGUCGUGACUCUUCUGGGAGCGGCGCCAGCCAUCGUCGCCGCUCUAGCAAGCGCAGAUGUCUCUCCCCUGACACCCAAACACGAAGCCGGCCGGUGUGCCUUUCGGGGCCAAUGUGGCAAGCAAAGUUUCUUCGGCAAGGAGCUGCCAUGCGUCGACAACGAUGUGGCCAAAGAACCCGCCGCAGAUCUGCGAAAGGAGCUUGUCGACCUCUGCGGAGCCGAAUGGAAUGAUGGACCGGUGUGUUGCACACUGGAACAGGUUCGAUCUCUCAAGUCCGAGCUCGGCACGCCCAACACACUUAUCGGAUCGUGUCCGGCCUGCAAAUACAAUUUCUUCAACAUGUUUUGCAAAUUUACAUGCUCUCCCGACCAGUCCCUCUUUGUCAAUGUUACGGAUGCUGCCCCUAAAAACGGCAAGCUGCUCGUGACUGAGCUCGACCAACUCAUUUCCGACGAGUAUGGCACUGGCCUGUAUGAUAGCUGCAGGGAAGUCAAGUUUGGUGGCGCAAACAGCCGUGCCAUGGACUUGAUUGGAGGUGGCGCUAAGAAUUAUCAUCAAAUGCUCAAAUUCUUGGGCGACAAGAAACCGCUGGUCGGAUCUCCCUUUCAAAUCAACUACCCCGAAUCAUACCAAGAACCCAACAUGGGCCCGUUGGGUAUGACGCCGAAGAAGUGCAACGACGAAGAUCCCGACUACAGGUGCGUUUGCGUCGACUGUCCCGCCGUAUGCCCCGAGUUGCCAGCCGUGGUAAAGCCUGGAUAUUGUCAUGUAGGCGCUCUGCCUUGUCUCUCCUUUGCCUCCAUCCUCGCCUAUUCCGUGCUGCUCUUUGUCUUUGGUUCCUCGGUAUUUGGUCAUGUUGCAUGGAGACGUUAUGCGCAGCAUCGAGUGGAAAGAACUAGACUGCUGCAUGAGUCCUCUCACAGCGACGAUGAAGACGAGGGUGGGCCGGUUUUGACCGAAGUCAUGAGAGAUCGCCCUACCAAGCGGUAUUGGAUCAAUGACAGGUGCGAUGACUUGUUUUACCGGCUUGGCCAUACUGCAUCCCGCUUCCCCGGCCUUAUCAUCGGCACGAGUCUCUUGGUCGUGGCAAUCCUAAGCGCUGGAUGGUUCAAAUUUGACCUUGAAAAGGAGCCAGCAAGGCUUUGGGUCAGCCCGUCCUCGCCGGCUGCGCAGGAGAAGGCAUACUUCGAUUCCAACUUCGGACCCUUCUACCGCGCUGAAAAGAUCUUUCUGGUGAAUGACACGCGGCCUGCCGGCCCUGGACCAGUGCUCAGUUACGAUACUCUCAAAUGGUGGGCCGAGGUCGAGAAGAGCAUCGCGCAGCUAGAGAGCAAGACUUACGCGAAGAACCUUCAAGACGUUUGCUUCAAGCCGGCAAACGAUGCCUGUGUGGUCCAGUCAGUCACCGGCUACUGGUCCGCCAAGGGUGGCGUGAUCAACCCCAAGACUUGGAAAGACGAUCUUCGCCAGUGUGCCAAUACCCCCGUCGACUGCCGACCCGAGUUUGGCCAGCCUAUCGAACCGCGCAUGGUGUUUGGAGGUUACGAGGAUGAUGUCACAGAAGCACAGGCAAUCACGGCUACUUGGGUCAUUCGGAAUGCAGCAGAGGGCAGCUUUGUCCAACUGGCAGCCAUCGAUUGGGAAAAUUCACUCCGAGACCGCUUGCUCGAGGCGCAGGAAGAAGCCCGAGACCGGGGCUUGCGAUUGUCCUUCAACACUGAAAUCAGCCUGGAAGAAGAACUCAACAAAUCAACAAACACUGAUGCCAAGAUUGUAGUGAUAAGCUACAUUGUCAUGUUUAUCUACGCUUGCAUGGCGCUUGGCACACCCUUCAAGCAUGUGUUCAGAAACCCGGCACUGCUACUCGUUGAGUCGAAAGUAACACUGGGAUUACUGGGCAUCAUCAUCGUCCUCAUGUCGAUUGCGGCGUCGAUCGGCUUCUUCUCCUGGGUCGGCCUGAAGGCGACGUUGAUUAUUGUCGAGGUCAUUCCAUUUAUUGUCUUGGCCGUCGGUGUGGACAAUAUCUUCCUUAUCGUCCAUGAGUUUGAAAGAGUCAAUGUGAGCUGCCCCGAUGAAAUGGUCGAAGAACGUGUUGCAAGAGCACUCGGCCGUAUGGGCCCAUCGAUUCUGUUUUCUGCCCUGACCGAAACCGUUGCAUUUGGCCUGGGCGCCGCAGUAGGCAUGCCUGCAGUGCGUAACUUUGCCGCGUAUGCAGCCGGGGCGGUGCUGGUCAACGCCAUCCUGCAAAUGACCAUGUUUGUGUCAUUCCUGUCGCUGAAUCAAAUGCGGGUAGAGGACCAUCGAUGCGAGCUGUGGCCAUGGUGGCAAAUCAAGAAGGCUAGAAUCCACCUGAAUGGCAGCAACAGCUACGUGGGAGGCGGAAGAGUCUCCGAAAUUGAAGAGGAAAGCUUUUUGCAGGUCUUCAUCAAGAACACAUACGCCCCUACUUUAUUAGCCAAGAAGGUCAAGGUGGGCGUUGUCACACUCUUCCUCGGCCUAUUCGCCACUGCCUUGGCUUUGCUACCUCAAAUCGAGAUCGGGCUCGACCAGCGAGUAGCCAUUCCCGAUGGAUCAUACUUAAUCCCCUAUUUCAAUGACUUGUACGACUACAUGGAAACCGGGCCACCUGUAUACUUUGUCGCCCGCAACUUCGACGUAUCGCACAGAAAAGAGCAACAGGAGGUCUGCUCGAGAUUUACUACCUGCCACGAGCUCUCGCUUACGAAUACCUUGGAACUUGAAAGGCAACGGCCGAAUGUAUCAUACAUUUCGUCUCCAACCGCAAGUUGGAUGGAUGACUUCUUCCUUUGGCUGAAUCCGAUUUAUGAACGGUGCUGCGUGAAGAAUCACACAACAUGUUUUGCAGGACGAGAACCUGCGUGGAACACUACUCUCUACGGAAUGCCAGAGGAUGAGGAAUUCAUUCGCUAUCUUCACAAGUUUCUCGACACCCCUGCGGAUGACGAUUGCCCACUAGGGGGCCAAGCAGCUUAUGUCGAUGCCGUGGUUAUUUCCGAUGACGACAAGAGCGUCAUCGCUAGUCAUUUUCGAUCUGCACAUACACCACUUCGCAGCCAAGCCGACUUUAUCAAUGCAUACUCAUCAGCUCGUCGCAUUGCAUCCGAUAUCAGCAGGAGAACUGGGGCCGAUGUCUUCCCAUACAGCGUGUUCUACAUCUUUUUCGACCAGUACCUAACCAUUGUCCCACUCACUGCCGCUCUGUUAUCUGCUCUGGUUGGCCUGGUUUUUGUCGUGGCCUCGAUACUUCUGGGAUCCGCCCUCACCUCGGCUGUACUCACCGCCACCGUAAUCAUGAGUGUUGUUGAUAUUAUGGGAGCUAUGGCAGUCUUUGGGGUUUCUCUAAACGCCGUGUCCUUGGUCAAUCUCAUCAUCUGCGUGGGAAUAUCAGUCGAGUUUUGCGCUCACAUUGCUCGUGCAUUCAUGUUCCCGUCAAGAACCGUCAUGGAGAGUAACAACACAACUCUCCUGGGGCGCGACGCGAGAUCUUGGACGGCACUUGUCAAUGUUGGGGGCUCUGUCUUCUCUGGCAUUACGGUCACAAAACUUCUGGGAGUCUGCGUCUUGGCAUUUACUCGUUCCAAAAUCUUCGAGAUCUACUACUUCCGAGUGUGGUUGGCGCUGGUCGUCUUUGCAGCCCUGCAUGCACUGGUGUUCUUACCAGUUGCGCUCAGUUUCGCCGGCGGAAACGGCUACGUCGACCCUGAAAGUGAAGGUACUGCCGCUCAGGAUUUGACUGACAGGAGAUGGCGUGCUAUUCGAGUGCACGAUAACAGUGAUUCCGAAGACGAGGAUGAUUAA